AUGGCUUCAUCGCUGUCGGAGCUGGGCUUCGACACCGGGGGUGCCUCGUCGGGCUUCUUCCGGCCGGUGGCCGACGGCUGCCCGGUCACCCCGACCUCCUCCGCCAUCCCGCACAGUCGCCUCACCAAGAUCUCCGCCAUCGGGGCUGGCAACAUGGGCAUGGCCAUCGCGCAGACCAUCCUGACCCAUCCCCUUCGCAAAUCCGCUGCGAGAUCGCAGCAAUUAGCGAGUGCGAUCAAUCAGCGCGCCGACCAAGGGUUUCCCGACCGUUGGCGACGCCGCAGGCAGGCAGACCGCCAUCCACUCCCUCCCUCCGGUCCGUCCUUCUCGCAGGUGCGCGUCCUGCCUCCUCUCGCCGCCUGCCCCGUUUCUUGCCCCGGUCAGUCCCCUUCCUGCCUGGUGAAAAGGACACUUGGUCAUUUCACGCCACCACAGUGGGAUAAGGAUGAGUGGUACCCUCUGCUUGGGCCUUGGAGGUUCAUCCAAGUGCUAAGCCUGUGUGUAAUUUUCAUGACCAUCGAACUUAACACAUUCUUCCAUAAAUUCUACCUCUGGAUUCCUCCCCAGAAUCCCUUGAUUGUCUACCGACUGGUCCUUUGGUGGUUGAUUGCGAUACCAACCAUCCGCGAAUACAAUACAUACUUGCAGGACAGGAAACCUGUGAAGAAGGUGGGUUCUUUCUGCUGGCUUUCGCUGGCUAUAUGCAUCAUAGAGCUUCUGAUCUGCAUCAAGGUUGGACACGGUUUCUUCCCGAAGUCGAUGCCAUCUUGGCUGAUCGUAUUCUGGACGAUGGUGGCCCCGCUUCUCACGACAUUCCUGUAG